GGCAGAAACGGAAGCACAGGACGACCCAAUCCCAACCUUUCGGUUCGCCCACAAAUAAAAUAGUUAACAAAGCCCACUAUUUCUUCCUUCGAAUCACACCCACGCCCCUCCCUGCCUCUCUCUCUCUCUCUACUUUCCCACUCUCUCUUUCUCUCUCUUCCGAAUCCAGAUCCCGCAAUGGCCAGCGCUCCCUCCCCACGCGAAGAGUUCGUGUACAUGGCGAAGCUGGCGGAGCAAGCCGAGCGCUACGAGGAGAUGGUCGAGUUCAUGGAGAAGGUCUCCGCCGCCGUCGAGAACGAGGAGCUCACCGUCGAGGAGAGGAACCUCCUCUCCGUCGCCUACAAGAACGUCAUCGGCGCCAGGCGCGCCUCCUGGCGCAUCAUCUCCUCCAUCGAGCAGAAGGAGGAGAGCAGAGGCAACGAGGACCACGUCGCCGUCAUCCGCGACUACCGAUCCAAGAUCGAGGCUGAGCUUUCCAACAUCUGCGACGGAAUCCUCAAGCUCCUCGACUCGCGCCUCGUUCCCUCCGCCGCUGCUGGCGACUCCAAGGUCUUCUACCUCAAGAUGAAGGGCGACUACCACAGGUACCUCGCCGAGUUCAAGACUGGCGCCGACCGCAAGGAGGCCGCUGAGAGCACGCUCUCCGCCUACAAAUCUGCUCAGGACAUUGCAAAUACCGAGCUGCCUCCAACUCACCCUAUCAGGCUGGGUCUUGCUCUGAACUUCUCUGUGUUUUACUAUGAGAUUCUUAACUCUCCUGACCGGGCGUGCAGUCUUGCAAAACAGGCCUUUGAUGAGGCGAUUGCUGAAUUGGAUACACUGGGAGAGGAAUCAUACAAGGAUAGCACUUUGAUCAUGCAACUUCUUCGUGAUAACCUUACCCUCUGGACCUCUGACAUGCAGGAUGAUGGUGCAGAUGAAAUUAAAGAAGCCGCACCUAAAGGUGACGGGGAACAAAAUUAAACAUACCAUACUGCUAAUUAGUCAUUGAACUUCCCUUAUGUGUUUUUAAAGGGUGAAGAUGCUGAUUGCUAAUCUCGAUGUUACUGAGAUUUUAGGCAUUCAUGAUCUUCGUUAUGAAUUCUGGAUGUACUGGGGCUAUUUUAGUUUGUCCUUCCAUUUGUACGCGUUUCUGAAUUGCCUAUUUUCUUAAUGACACUGAAAUUUCCAUUAAAUAUAUUCUCUUUAGAAAACUCGGCAUCA